AUGGGGUCACGGUGGCCCAGUCUAGGGAUGAUUGUGGGUGCACUUUGGAAUAUGAUCCUUGAUGUCGCGCAGUUCUGGAGAGAUAAACUAUUAUCAUGGUGGUAUUCCAAAUCGCCCCGAGAUCGACUCUUUCACACGUUAGCCAACUCGCAGAGCUACGAAGAAUGGGAAGAGGCCGCAUUCGAGCUCGACGAGUUACAGAGUAAAGAUCUAUGGCGCCAAAAUCCUGUCAGCCGACACUAUGACUACCGACUGAUCCUUGGCCGAUUAGAAGCAUUGAUGAGUGCACGCGAAUCAGAAGAUAUUCUAACACUAGUCAAUCUCCUGCGGUCGGGGCUAGUGCGCAAUCUUGGCAAUAUAACUAGCACAAAGCUGUUCACUCACGCGUACGCCGGCACAAAGCUUCUAAUCGAUGACUAUAUCACGCAGGUGGCCCUGUCAAUCCAAUACGUGACAUCCAUACCGGCGGCUCCGAUGCACCCGAGCGGCUUCAACUCGCAAGCAAAGUUGGAGCUGUUGCACGAUACGCGACAGGCGUUUGGGCGGACGACGCUGCUUCUGCAAGGCGGAUCUGCAUUCGGAUUGUGCCAUCUGGGUGUGGUCAAGGCGCUGCUUCUGCAAGGUUUGCUGCCACGGAUCAUCACUGGCACUGCGGCCGGGGCAAUGAUUGCCGCGCUUGUCGGUAUUCAUUCUGAAGAUGAGCUGCUGCCGUUCCUUGAUGGGGCGGGUAUUGAUCUUUCUGCUUUUGAAAAGCGCAAGAAGGCCAACGGGGGGAGAAAAGGUAACUCUGAUUCGAGUUGGUUUGGGACAUUUUAUCGACGGAUGAACCGACUAUUCAGGAAGGGGUAUCUGUUUGAUGUUGGUGUUUUGGAGGAAUGCGUGAGAGCUAAUGUUGGAGAUCUUACGUUUGAGGAGGCAUAUGCGAAGUCGAAGCGCAUUUUGAACAUCACCGUUGCGACAAUGGGGAAGAAUGGAACGCCAAAUCUGUUGAAUUAUUUGACUGCUCCGAAUGUGCUCAUUUGGUCCGCAGCCGUAGCAUCCAAUGCUUCUUCGUCCUCUGGGCUUUACUCACCCGUGACUAUCUACUGCAAAGAUGAAACAGGCACAAUUGUCCCAUGGCCACACACACAAGAUGCAGUCUUUCACCCCUGGCGCCACGUCCACUACAACGAGGGCGAAUCCCCACUUUCGCGAAUCUCCGAACUCUUCAACGUAAACCACUUCAUUGUCUCCCAAGCCAGACCGUAUCUUGUCCCAUUUCUACGCUCCGAACUCAAUCUUCUAGACCGACGGCAAACAGGCUGGAACAACCUCUCCCGUUCCGCGAUGCGUCUGAUAAUCGUUGAAUUGCGGCAUCGUCUCCGCCAACUCGACUAUCUAGGCGUGCUACCCGCCUCCUUGAGUAGACUCCUUAUCGACGAGACGAUCCCAGGACCGAACUUGACUCUCGUCCCAGACCUGUGCUUUUGGGAUUUGAGGAAACUGUUCCAGAGUCCGACAAAAAGCCGGGUGUCUGAGUGGACGCUGAAGGGGGAGAGGGGCGUUUGGCCGGCUAUUAGUGCGCUGAAGGUUCGGGAGGCUGUGGAGAUUGAGCUCGAUCGGGGAUACCAGCUUGUUAGGCGGCGGAGACCGAGUGAUGCUUCGCUCUCUGUGUCUCUGCCUAAACUGGCGAAUGCCAUGAAUGAGGGUGUACCGAGGCGUAGGAGAGGGAGUGAGAACGAGGAGGGGAUUCUUGCUGAUCGGGAGUGA